AUGGGCAAAGAUGAAUUCGAGGGCAAGACAGAAUGGUGCAAUUUGAAGCUGGGAUUUGGGCAAUUAGCGGAUCCGGAGGGGAUAUUCAUGAAGUGCAAAAACAGCGAUAUAUCCCAAGGAUGGAUGGUCAAUGCGUACGUAGCACCGACGAGGCAUGCUGAUGUCAUCAGGAUAUGCCCACCCUUUCCAUCAUAUGCUGCAGAAAAGAUGGGGCCGGAUGCUUCGAAGGUCGACCCUCAGUAA